AUGAGUUACUUUUGGCUUUCAAACUAUAUAUUACUUAAAAUAAUUGUAAUCAUUACUGCAACUACCGAUGUUGGACUUCGUACCCAACAAGGAAUAAUCUAUGGUCGACAAACUCAAAGUUCAAUUGAAUAUUUAGGAAUUCAAUAUGCAAAAGCAGAAAGAUGGAAACCACCUAUUGAUCUUGCAUCAGAAAUAUUUUCAAAUGAUUCAUUACAAGCUACAUCAUUUGGACCAUGUUGUCCACAACCAAAAACUGACACCUAUAUUCCUGAACAAGACGAACAAUGUCUCUAUUUAAAUAUUUACAAACCAAUAGUUCCAUCGGAUCAAUCUUCUUUACCCGUUUUCGUUUGGAUUCAUGGUGGUGCACAUGAAAUAGGUUGUUCAUCACAAAGUAUUCCAUUGAUUUAUAAUGGUACGAAUAUGAUUAGUAAUUCACCAUCAGGUCAACCUGUUAUUAUUAUUACAAUUAAUUAUCGAUUAGGAGUAUUAGCAGAUAUGUUUUUAAAAGAAUUAAUUGAAGAAGAUCCAAAAUGGCCAACCGCAGGUAAUUAUAUGUAUUUAGAUAUGUUAUCUGCAUUACGUUGGAUAAAGAAAAAUAUUCGUGAUUAUGGAGGUGAUCCAAAUAAUGUUGCAUUAUUUGGUCAAAGUGCUGGAGGACUUUCUGUGACUGAUCUUGGUGCAGUAAAAGGAUCAACUGGUCUUUAUCGAACAGCAUUAAGUCAAUCUGGUUUAAGUUCACCUGGAACGUAUACAUCUUAUUAUAGUAUGAAUGAUGCUCUUAAUUGUUCUAAUACAAUUGUCCGACGAUUAAAUUGUACGAAUGAAGAUAAACAAAAAGUUCUUUCAUGUAUACGUAAUUCUUCUAUUCAAGAUCUAUAUAAAAUUUAUGGUACUCGUUAUACAAAACCAAUUAUUGAUAAUUAUUUCUUUCCAUUAUAUCCACCAUUAGCAAUUCAGAAUGGACAGUAUAAUAAUAUUAGUCUUAUUAUGGGUAAUAAUGAUUAUGAUCUAACGGUAUGUCUCGAUUAUCCUGAUAUGAAUUAUACUCAAGCACUAGCAUUAAUAAGUCAAUCUGUAGAACAAAAAUGGAUACCAGCACUUGUUGAUUAUUAUCAUUUAAAAAAUUGUUCAUCAAAUCGAAUGGCUAAUAGUAGUCGUUGUUGUAGAAUUGUUCUUUCUAUGGCAACAGAUAAAUUGUUUGAUUGUGAUAUUCGUCGAAUAUUUAAUGCUUUCUAUUCAAAAUAUGGUCCACAAUAUGAACAAGAUAAAUUAUAUUCAUAUCAUCUAAAUUGUUAUCCUCAAUGUCCUAUUGUACCACAAGAAGGUAUAUGUAGACAUUCAGCUGAACUUCCAUUUGUAUUUGGAACUGUUAGUGAUUUUCAUUCACAAGAAUUAUUCAAUUGUACAUGGGAUAAUUCAACACGAGUAUUUUCAAAUGAAAUAAUUGCACAUUGGAUUAAUAUAGCAAGAACAGGAAAACCAUUAAAUCAAUGGCCGAGUUAUGAUCCAUCUUCACCAAAACAUUUUUAUAUUACACCUGAUCAAGGAUUCUUAUCUGAAACAUGGAAUCGAAAUUGUUCAUUUUUCGAUGCAAUCGAACUAGAAGGUGUUCGAAAAACAUUUGGAAAUAAUCAUUACAUUACUAAAGAAACAUUAAAAUAA